GGCGCUCUGGAACCUUCUAGUAUUUUCUCUGCAUGAGGUUUCGAGGUUCAUGACCUUGAUUUAAUGCAAAAAUAAAGUCUAAUACGUAAUGUCAGUGGUGCUCCUUCAAUAUAAGCGAUUUCCGUACCGACGCAGGCAGACUGUGAUGACGGGAGACUCCGUGCCCCAGCUUCCGUUCCAAGGCUACACUUCAGGACACUGGGAGCCAGACCUGUGGUCGCGCAGCACGCAGACCGAGUUGGCCGCGGAAAGCAGCACGCAGACGGAGCCGCUGGCCAUGUCCAGCGACGGCGCGCGGCUUCAUGAAAGUGACGAUACCCGGCACUCGUUCAGCUGGAAGCUGGCCCCUCGCUGGAACUCGACGCCGUUUGUGGUCACGGUGGCGGCGCUCGGCACCUUCGUCUUCGUCUUGGUCGUCGUUGCCACCGUCCUCGGAACGAACAAUAACAGCCCGAAGAUGGACGGUUUCGAGCUGCUGCCAGACUUGUUCGAGAACGAACCGUCCGUGUCGGUUGUGCGCGAGGAGGUCGUGCGCAUCACCAGUCCAACCACGGCCCGUGCGGUGACUACUGCCACGGCAGUGACACAGAGGUCAGCGUCAGUGGCGCACAGUUCCCGUAGAGUCAAGGUGCGCAAGGCGACCAAGACGUUCCGCCAGUCCACCGCACCGGAAGACACACGCGGCGCAACCUAUGCGGUGAGGAAGCUGCCGACUACCACAGGCGAACGGCGGGCGUGGACUCCGUCACCAACCAUGGGCCACCGCAAAGGGAAACCCUCCCUCUGA